AUGGGAAGGAGGGUUAGCGGCAGCGCCCAUGCACCCACCAGGACUGCUCUCGCUGCAGCCAGCUCCAGCCCCCGACCCAAAGCUGCCCCCUCUGCCUGCCCCCAGCUUUCCCCCCCUCAUCCCAACUUCACCCUGGGGGCCAGAUUCCCCUCCCCCGGAUCCAGUCCCCUCUCCUCCUCACCCCCCUUCCCCCCCCAAUCCGGCCCUGCCCCUUCCCGCCGCCGUCCCAUUCUUCCUGGUUCCGCCCCGCGCUCUGCGCUGCCUCAGCCCCACCUGAGCUAUUCCGGGAUCUCCCGCUUGCCGGCCCGCCCUUCAGGUCACUCACUCGUUAGUUCUCCGGGUUCCCGGGUCCGGGGUCCGGCCUCGCCCUCCCGCCGACUGACGAACUCUCCGCCACUUCCGUCCCCGGAGCGCGUUCCCCCCACUCCCGACCCGUGGGCGGCGCCCUGGGCCCGCCCCUCUACGGCUCUGCUAGCUGCAGGAAGCUGCUCUGGCCCCAGCUCUCUAUGCCUGGAGCGGGUCGAGAGACCCGGCGACUCCCUUGCAGCGGGAGGGAAGCGCAGGCCUCCAGUAUUUUGGACGGACUUUCCAGCCUUGGGAAGGUGCUUUACCUCUCGCUCCUUCCACACCCUUCUGGACUCGCGGAGAGGCCAGGACGCAAAAACCCACCUGCUUCCGAACUGCGACUUUCCAGCCUCAUCAAAGCGUGCUCCCAGCGCUUCUCCCGCCUGCCCUCUCAGCGCAGCUACAUUUAUAUAGCCCAGUUCUAUUUGUAUUGCAUGUGUCAUGUGUGAGUCUUCCCACCAGACUUGAGUUCCCCCUUCCGCCCAACUUCCGAGAGCAAGGCCCCUGCCUGUAACAGGAGAACUUUCUGUCAUGCUUGGUCUAGGGUGGUCGCUAAUUCCAUACAAGUGGUCUCCUGAAAGUUGGGAGACACAUAAGGACAGAGGGAUAGUAAGAGGAAAUCACUGUGUGUGUGUGUGUGUGUGUGUGAAUGAUAGGAUCUUAGCUUUGUGCAUAAAGCAUGCAUAGGUGGUAAUAAGUAAACUAAUAAUUUAUCAUUAGUUAUACGUAAAAACGUAAAUGAAAACACAGAAAAGUAGCUGAACUCCGAUUAAGCGUAAUGACCAGUCUUGGGAGUCUUGGGAGCAGAGAACAGUACGGGUGUGGAACGUGGCAUACAAGAUCUGGUCUCAGGUUUUUUUUUUUUUUUGUUGUUGUUGUUGUUGUUUGUUUGUUUGUUUUUUUUGGUGUUCAAUUGGGAAGGGAAGCUAACAGGAAAUGAAAGACUUCCAUAAAACUAAAGGAACAAAAGGGAACAGACUGCAUGGGCGCAGAGGGAAUACUAACCUACUUAAGGAACAGCAAACC